GUUCAAGUCGAGUGAAAUAGGUAUGCACGAGUUCGUAUCCAUCGAUAGAGCGAAAUAGACAGAGAGAAAAUUAAAUAAUUGUAUCCGCAUAAAAGUGAGAAAGAAAAAAGAAAGGGAGAAAGAGAAGGAGAAAAAGAUAAAGAGUUAUAACGAAGAUAAAGAGUUCGAAGGCGAAAGAGAUAAGAAAAAGAAAGAGAUAGAAAAUGUACUUAUAUCUUCUUUCUUAAAAAGAAAGACAGAGAAAAUAUUACUACUCUUAUCGAGUUACAAUAAUCAUUAGAAGGCUGUUGUUCUCGGAGCUCGAAAGCACGAGAAAGAAAGAGAGAGAGAGAAAGAGAAACAGAAAAAGAGAGGGAGGGAGAGAGAAAAAAAGAGGGAGGGAGAAAGAAAGAGAGAGAGGAGUGAAAGAGCAAGAAACUACGGUCGGAGAGCGGAUGUCCUUUUCUUUCUCUGUCUAACUCGAGCGCAUAUGUCGUAGUAAUAGCCGGUGUGUCAGUCGAUUGACCGAUCGUUGCUCGGCGCGGAUCGGUCGGUCUCGCGACUAAGGGGGCUUCGCGUGCCCAUAAAUCCUCGUAAAAAAGCUAAAUUUUAAUUUGUUACAACAUUCUAUCGAUUAUUACCGUCAAGUGAAGAAAAAGAAAGAGAGAGAGAAAUAAAAAAAGAAAAGAAAAAGAGAAAAAAAACGUAGAGAUGGCGAUUGGAAUUCUUUUGAUUUUGGCUGUAAUUGCUGCUUCGGGCAGCGCAGCUUCCAUUAGGAGAGAGAACAACAACAGCCCGGACCUCUGUACCAGCGAGAUCUAUUGUCAAGGGGAUCUUUUAAAAACCGUACAAUUGGCGGAGAUCUACAAUGAUAGUAAAACUUUCGUCGAUUUGAGUCAGAAGAACGACCCGCAAAUAACACUUGCUAACUUCAAGAAAUUAAUGGAGGAAACAAAUAAUCAACCGAAUCGUUCCCAAGUUGCUCAAUUCGUCUUGGAUAAUUUCUCGACACAAGAUGAGCUCGAUAACUACACGUUACCGGAUUGGCAAGAAAAUCCUCCGUUUUUGAAGACUAUCGAGGAUCCUAAUCUACGAAAGUGGGCGAAGGAAUUAAACGAAAUAUGGAAGAAAUUGGCGAGGAAGAUAAAACCAAUAGUGGCUAAACAUCCAGACAGGCAUAGUCUCAUUUCUGUGGAUAAUGCGUUCGUAGUACCGGGUGGUCGAUUCAAAGAAUUCUACUAUUGGGACAGUUAUUGGGUAAUCGAAGGAUUAUUAAUAUGCGGAAUGAAAGAUACUGCCAGAGGAAUGAUAAACAACUUUUUAUCGAUGGUCGAAAAAUUCGGAUUCAUACCUAACGGUGGUCGUGUUUACUAUCUCAUGAGAAGUCAUCCCCCGUUGUUAAUUCCCAUGGUCAAGCUAUAUCUGGAAUAUACGCAAGAUUAUGAGUAUUUAAACGACGUUAUAGGAACCUUAGAGAAAGAGUUCGAUUAUUGGAUGAAAUACAAGAUGACUAAUGUAAAGAAAAAUGGAAAAAUUUAUAAUAUGGCCCAUUACAACGUUCACAGCAAAGGACCACGUCCAGAAAGUUACAAGGAAGAUUACAAAUUGGCACAAAAAUUGUCGGAUGUCGAUAAGCAACGUUUUCUUUACAACAAUUUGAAAGCCGGCGCUGAAAGUGGUUGGGACUUUUCAGGAAGAUGGUUCAUUGGACCAGAUGGAAAAGAAUCAAACAAUUUGAUCGAUAUCAAUACAAAGAACAUUAUACCAGUUGAUUUAAAUAGCUUUCUUCAAAGAAAUGCUCAUAUUCUUGUCGAAUUUCACACCAAAAUGAAUAACGUACAAAAAAUGUCAUAUUAUAUAAAAAUAGCAGAACAAUUUCAAGAAGGUAUCAACGAGGUCUUGUGGAAUAACGAAUUUAAAAUUUGGAUGGAUUAUAACAUGAAGAAUCACCGUCAUAGGACAUCCUUUUAUCCUACCAACCUAACACCUUUAUACACAUUAAGUUACAAUACUAGUAAUGCCAGAGAGAUCGCACUUAAUGCCAUAUCUUAUUUGAAAAAAAUGAAAAUUAAUUCCUACUUUGGCGGAACUCCAACAUCUUUGAAUCAAACUGGUGAACAAUGGGAUUUCCCUAACGCGUGGCCACCCUUACAAUCAAUAAUCAUUCAAGGAUUACAUCAAACUAACGUUAAAGAAGCUGUUGAACUUAGCUUGGAUUUUGCUCUUGAGUGGCUCGAAUCAAAUUAUAUUGGCUAUGAAGCUACUGGAAAGAUGUUCGAAAAGUAUGAUGCUACUUCACCAGGUAAAGGAGGCGGUGGUGGCGAAUAUAAUGUUCAAGAAGGCUUUGGAUGGACGAAUGGCAUUGUUUUUGAAUUCAUAAAAACAUUUUACCAAGUAAAAUUGAACAACAGUGUUACCAAUAAUAAUCCAAAUGACCUUAACAAUAACGUAGAAUAAUAAAGAACGACUGGAUGCUGUGCCAAACGUGAUUUUGCCAAUGAAUCUAGUCCAUAAGCGAAAUAGGAGAGCAAAGUUACCAAAUCGCAUUUAAACGUAUUCUAUCCUACUUAAAAAAAAAAAAAAAAAAAAAAAUAAAUAUAAAAGGGAAAAAAUAACUACAUUCAAUACUUUUCCCGAGUAAUAUUAAUAAUAAUUAUAACAAAAAAGAUAUCAAAGUUAACGCAAUAGAAAGACAUUUUUAUUAAAAUUAUAAAGAAAUUAGGAUUGUUAAGAGACGUAUCGAAUACAUUUCGGAAUGUAAAGUUCUAUAUAUAUGUAUUGUUAAUAUAGAUAUAUAGAACUUAUAUAAAGAUAAAAAAUAUAAUUAAUAUAAAGUUUUAUAUAUCUUAUUAUAUAUAAUAUCUAUUGUUAAUAUACACCCACGCGUGCACGUAUGUAUACAAACGCCAAGAUAAGUGUUAAUCGUUCAACGAAUUAUUUAUUGUAUUUUCGUAUUAGUUAUGCUAUAGAAUCGCUGGAACGUUACUAUAUAUAGACUUUUUUAUUUACGAACUUUCGUCGAAUCGACGAAACUUAGUCUUCAAGAUUAGAGAAGAAUGUCCCAAGGGAGAAACGAUAUAUCGAAAAAGAUUUAAACUUUCUUCGAAGGACCGAACGAAUUACGUAAACUGUGUUAUCUCAAUUGUUAUAACUGAGUCAGUAUUGUUAUAUAAAAAUAUAGUCCUAAUUAAUAAUUUAAUACUAUUAGACAAUAAAUGAUUAUGGUAAUUUC